AUGUCUAACGGGACCACAAACAAGACCAUCGCCCUCGUCACAGGGGCAAAUCAAGGCAUCGGCUAUGAGAUCGUCAAGCGAUUGGCCUCGGAAAAUCCAGACUAUCACGUCUACAUGACCGGCCGACGAAAAGACGCCAUCGAGAAGUCUGCCUCAGAGCUUCAAUCGGCCGGCUUGGAUGUUGAGCCAUUGGUCCUCGAUGUCACUUCGGACGAGAGCAUAACAGCUGCUGUAGAGCAAGUGCAGAACAAAUUCGGGUACAUCGACGUUAUCGUCAAUAACGCUGGAAUCAAUCGCGGCAAGGCCGAAGGCAACCUCCGGCAACGACUUCGAGAGGUCUUUGACACAAAUCUCUUUGGAGCAGUCGAGGUUACAGACGCUUUCAUACCGCUCUUGGAGAAGUCUUCAAAGACUCGACGUGUCGUGUUCAUCAGCUCGGGGCUCGGAAGCCUCGCGGUUCGAUCGGAUCCAAGCCUGGGACCCAAGCGCGACUACCUUGAGUAUGGGGCCAGCAAGGCAGCUUUGAACCACGCGACCUUGACAUUUGCCUCUCGACACCACGGCGACGACUCAUGGAAGUUCAAUACAUGUUGCCCCGGCUACUGUGCUACUAGCAUGACCGAUUACUCCGGCCCAGACGAGGCGUCACUUGGGUCUAUUCGGGCUGUUGAACUUGCGACAUUAGGACCUGAUGGCGUCACGGGAACGUUUUCGAAUAGGCAAGGGCCGUUGCCGUGGUAA